UGUUCCGUGCUUUUGACAAAGACAAUGAUUCCUGUGUCAGUGUAACAGAAUGGGUAGAAGGCUUAUCAAUAUUUCUUCGAGGGACUUUGGAAGAAAAGAUGAAAUAUUGCUUUGAGGUUUAUGACCUGAAUGGUGAUGGAUAUAUUUCACGAGAGGAAAUGUUUCAUAUGCUGAAGAACAGUCUGCUAAAACAGCCAUCUGAGGAAGAUCCCGAUGAAGGAAUUAAAGAUUUAGUUGAAAUAACACUGAAGAAAAUGGACUAUGAUCAUGAUGGCAAAGUCUCUUUUGUGGAUUUUGAAAGGGCAGUAAGAGAUGAAAAUCUCCUUUUAGAAGCAUUUGGACCAUGUUUACCUGAUGUGAAGUGCAGGAUGUCCUUUGAGUCACAGGCUUUCCAAGAUGCUCCCGAGUUGUAGAUCUGCAAGUAAAAUACAAUGAAUGAAAUGUAAUAUAGCUGGGUAGACCCAAUGCUAUCACAGGAUAGCAUUAGAAGCACAAGAAAUAAGGUGAU